CGUGACCGGGCGCGUCAAUGCGCACUGGAGACUGGAGACGGAGCAAGGGCACCCGAGCCAUCCGCCUCAUUUGCAGACAGAGAGCCUUCCACCCCCCUCGAGAUCACUCGUCGGCCUCGCUCUCUUCCACGCACGGACACGGAGGAAGAACAAAAAAAUAAAAACUUCGUGUGAGAUACGAGUUUGGAUUAUUAAAAUCUGAGAGGAUUCGACUACUGAAAUAGGUUUUCGAAUCCCGGCGCGCGGACGUAACCCGAGGGUCUCUCUCGCUUUUCGAACCAGGCUUUCCAACGCGUCUCAACCCCCCUCGGGUGAGAGAAUCAGUCCUGGAUUUGCUCGCUGGCUCCCUCUUUGCCAAGCAGACCACCGUCCUCGUCAUAUUUAGACGAUAACAUAUAAAAGACGUUUAUUAUUAGUAGUAGUGUAUUAUUUUUUUUAACAGCCUGCGCGAGAGCCUGCUGGAGAGCCCUGCUCCGUGCAGUCGGAUCAAGGAUUUUGUGGAUUAAUGCUCUUGAAGACACGGCGGCGAGCUUCGGGGUUUUUCAUGGGAUAAUUGUGGUCGCGUUGAGGCUUAAUUAGGCCCCAGUUCGUCUCGUUUCCACCGCUCGAGAGUUCGCAAAGAUAGAACCAUGUUUGACACUGUUUUCUGCUGAAAAAUCGGAACUUGUUUCAAGGGGGCGGGGGGGGGGGGGGGUCAGUUCACAAGCCCCUCUAACGCUGCACAUCACCACCGGAAUAAUUGUAACGCAUUCGGGCUCCAUGCUGCCGCUGAGGUGCAUCAGCUGCUAGAUUCAUUUUUUUUGAUAGGCUCGUCUUAACCGUCUGGAUAUGAUGGUUGUUUAUCCCCCGAGGAAGAGCUGACUGUCCCGGGAACCUCGACUGCUUUUCGGGGAUCAAUUCUGCAGGAGAAGGCAACAGAGACUGGCGUAUGCUACAGAUUUCCUCUGCUUAUCCAGCUCCCAGUUCUUCCACCGUCUUUUCUCAGGCUGCUUGUCAUUGCCUGGACUCGGAUCCCGGAAUCUUCAUGAUUUGCGGACACCAUGCGCGUUUUUUAGCCGGGGAACCCUCUUUUCGUCCCGCAUGUUUAGGACCAAACGAUCGGGGCUCGUCCGGCGACUCUGGAGGAGCCGUGCGCCCGUGGAGGGCGACGGGGAGACGGAUAGAGGGACGCAUGGCUCCGGGGGCUGCUGCAUGGGCAAAACGACAAAGGUGGCCAAGUCCAACGCCGGGUCGGAGGCUGAACUGAAGGCGUUGACCCACUCGAUACUGAAAAAGAUCAAAGAGAAACAAUUAGAGGUGCUUUUGCAGGCGGUGGAGUCCAAGGGGGGUGUCCGGAGCCCUUGCUUGCUCCUGCCCAGCAAAGUGGACAUCAAAGUGGGUCAACAGUCUUACUCUCUCCCCAUGCUGCUCUACAAAGUGUUCAGGUGGCCGGACCUCAGGCAUUCCUCGGAGCUGAAGAGGCUGUCUUGCUGUGAAUCCUACGGGAAAAUCAACCCAGAGCUCGUUUGCUGCAACCCGCACCACAUGAGCAGACUUUGUGAACUCGAGUCUCCUCCUCCUCCAUAUUCGCGCUAUCCCAUGGACUAUCUUAAACCACCAGAUUCUCCAGACUCUGGACCGUCAUCCAAUGAUACUGGGGGAACGACAUACUCGGCCCCUGUGGGGCUUUCAGAUUCCCUGGCAUUGCAGGAGUCUGGCGAUCGGGCCCAUUGGUGCGUGGUGGCAUACUGGGAGGAGAAGACACGCGUGGGACGCCUCUACUCAGUCCAGGAGCCCUCUCUGGACAUCUUCUAUGAUCUACCUCAGGGGAACGGCUUCUGCCUGGGCCAGCUCUGCUCCGACAACAAGUCCCAGCUGGUGCAGAUGGUGCGGGCCAAGAUUGGCUAUGGCAUCCAGCUGACGCGUGAGCCAGACGGGGUGUGGGUCUACAACCGCAGCUGCUACCCCAUCUUCAUUAAGUCGGCCACACUGGACAACCCGGACUCGCGCACGCUGCUGGUGCACAAGGUGUUCCCCGGUUUCUCCAUCAAAGCUUUUGACUAUGACAAAGCCGGCAGCCUGCAGAGGCCGAACGACCACGAGUUCACGCAGCAGCCUCGCACGGGCUUCACGGUGCAGAUAAGCUUUGUGAAAGGCUGGGGACAGUGCUACACCAGACAGUUCAUCAGCAGCUGCCCGUGCUGGUUGGAAGUCAUCUUCAACACCCGAUAGCGGCAGCUUUCCUCUUCUUCACCCUCCUCGCCUCUUCUGCCCCCUCACAAACAGACUACGCCCACUUUUCCUUUUUUUUGUUUCAGAGAGGUCCAAACAGAGAAAAGAAAAAGUUUUAAAAGAAGAAGAAGAAGAAGAAGAAGAAAGUAUAAAAUUCUGAUGGACUUUGUUUAAUAAAUGGCUAAGAUUUAAUUAAAUAAAAUAAGAAGCGAAAAUGUAUUUUAUGUUAUAUAUAAAUAUAUUAUUAAUUGUAAAUAUGAAGACGUUUUAUAUGCAUCAUUAUUUAUGUAUUGUGCAAUGUGUUGAUGAGAAAAAGAAAAUAAGAUGCACUUUGCUUAAUAUAAAUGCAAAACAAAGAAAUGCC